AUGGGCCGCCUCUACAACCAGAAUCAUGCCUGCUACAUGAGGAAAACUUCGAGCCAAAUCAAUCUCAAUGACUCGCUAAGGAGGGACUCACGUAUCUUGGACUCAAAGAAAGCCGCUGACAAGCGAGAAACAAUCGAGAAACGCAAGGCUCCAUCAGAGACAUUCCGGGCCUACAUUGGAAAUAUCCAUCCUUUGACGACUAUUGCAGAGCUCACAGAUUGCUUUGAGCACUGCGACGGGCUUAGUGAAAUCAGUCUUCGUAUAGCUCAAGGUUCCGUGGUACAGGCUACCCCAGACACCCUCAUUGAUGAUUUAGACGUGCAAUAUGCAGCUAUCAAGCUUACGGAAUGGAAUGGUCUCGUUCAAGUCAUGAAAAUGAACGGAAUGACUCUCAGAGGUCGGAGGCUUGUGAUUGGAUUAACCAGUGCCAUUCUUCCGGAAAUGGAUCGAAUCUUCUAUGAGCACUAUCAUGGAGUAGGAUCCUUGCGACGCAAAAAAUAUGGUGGCAGACCUUUGCGUUCCGAGCCCACAGAAAUUAUUGCCGAGGAAGUCAAACACGGCGACGUAGUCAUAUGGAGUCUCCUUCAACCGCUUCGCAUGCCCAUCACUCUGGUGUAG